AUGGGAAAGGAGUUCUCGUUGGUGCUGGAGGAGGAACAAGAAGAUAACAUGAAUGGGACAAGUUAUUUGUCAGUGGAGAUGAUGAAGAAGGUGAGCUACAUGGCGGCUCCAAUGGUGGCAGUAUCGGUUUCUCAGUGCCUCCUUCAAGUCAUCUCCAUGGUUAUGGCUGGUCAUUUGGACGAGCUUUCACUCUCAGGUGUCGCAAUCGCCACUUCCCUCACCAACGUCACUGGUUUCAGCCUCCUCGUUGGGUUGGCAGGUGCUUUGGACACACUGUGUGGUCAAGCUUUUGGAGCAGAACAAUAUGGAAAAAUUGGUUCAUACACUUACAGCUCAAUGCUUGUUCUUCUUGUCUUCUGUUUCCCAAUCUCUUUUUUAUGGUUUUUCAUGGAAAAUAUCUUAAAGCUCUUCCAUCAAGAUCCUCUCAUAUCUAAAUUGGCUUGCAAAUACUCAAUCUGGCUCAUACCGGCUUUAUUUGGAUAUGCUCUUCUUCAACCUAUGACUCGCUAUUUCCAGUCCCAAGGAUUGGUUCUUCCUCUCUUCAUUAGCUCUCUUGGAGCUCUCUGUUUUCACAUUCCCUUCUGUUGGCUUCUUGUCUAUAAACUGAGAUUUGGAAUCGUUGGCUCUGCUUUGUCCAUCGGUUUUUCAUAUUGGCUUAACGUAUUUUUGCUUUGGAUUUUCAUGAGAGACUCUGCUUUGCAUCAUGAAAUGAGUAAUCUUCGUUUGCAAGAACUCAUCUCGAGCAUGAAGCAGUUCAUCACCCUCGCCAUCCCCUCUGCAAUGAUGAUAUGUCUUGAAUGGUGGUCAUUUGAGAUUCUACUACUAAUGUCUGGACUCUUACCAAAUUCAAAGCUCGAAACAUCGGUGAUAUCAAUUUGCCUCGCAACAUCGACUGUGCAUUUCCUUCUGGUGAAUGCUAUAGGAGCAGCCGCGAGCACAUAUGUCUCAAACGAGCUAGGAGCUGGAAAUCCAAAGGCAGUUCGAGCGGCCGUUAAUUCUGCUAUUUUCCUAGCUGGUGUUGCUGCAACCAUAUCAAGCAUUUCUCUUUACAGCUACCGAAGAAGUUGGAGUUAUAUAUUCAGCAACGAGAGAGAAGUGGCUCACUACACAACCCAAAUCACACCCAUUCUCUGUCUAUCCAUUGUCGUUAACAGCUUUCUUGCCGUGCUCUCGGGUGUUGCGAGAGGAACAGGGUGGCAACGUAUAGGAGGUUAUGCAAGCAUAGGAUCAUAUUAUCUUGUAGGAAUCCCGUUGGGUUGGAUCUUAUGUUUUGUCUUGAAAUUAAGAGGGAAAGGACUUUGGAUCAGUAUACUCAUAUCCUCCACUCUCCAACUUAGUGUUCUUGCUUUUGUAACUUUCUUCAGCAACUGGGAAGAAGAGGCCACGAAGGCCAGGGCAAGAGUAUUCGAGAUGACACCUCAAGUGGAAGGUAAACAAAACACACAGAAUAUAUUAAAAGAGGACACACAAGUUUUACUUAAUGAUGCUUCAGAAACUGUGUAAAAGCACUUUUUACGUACACUUAUUGUAUUCUUUUGGACCGACCCUGUAUAUAUGUGCCAUAUUACCGAACCAGUAAAGCAGGAAGAAAAAUAAACA